AGAAUCCACGGAGUCAUAAAAGUUCCGAAAGAACGCAACAAGCGAAGGCUGUGCUCAGCAAUGACGAAAAACUAAGCAGCAACCAAGCUGCAGCAGCCGAGCGGCCACCAGUCUUCCCUCUGCCAACUGAUGAUCUCGAAUUGCUUAGCAGCCUCGCCAGUGAUGGAAACGACGAUGAAUCCUUUGAGGAAUUAUUUCAAAAACUGGCGGUCAUGAAAGAACGUGCAUCGUCUCUUCCAGCUACCGAAAGAAAGGAUUACGCAGAGAAGGUGGCCAUUGCUUUUUGGCGCGCCUUGGGCGGAAGUGAAGAAGAAAUUGCUGGGUUAGGCGAGAACGACGGCGACAAUAGCAAAGAUGGAGAGAAGUAGAAAUAGAGAACGUCGCUCCGGCGAAAACUGGAAAAUAUAAAUAACAUUUCUUGGUGGGACUUGAUACAGUGGCCCAUGUUUUUCAUUGAUGCAUGGGCGUCAAGUACAGACUUGUCAGACAUCAUGUUUAUCGUCAUCAGUGACGGAGAAGCUCCGAGUUUUUAAUGGCUUUUUCGGUGAACAUACUGUUUUUGAUGUCCAAACAAGAUGACGUUUGGACUGACAGUGUAACUUUAUCAAAAAACUUGCAAUUUAUUUGGCAUGUAAUAUAAAAUGUUCAUAAACUUAGAAAGUGGACAACAACCACAUUUGCACUGCCCUCUAAGAUAAGAAAAAUAAGUGCAAAACCUUAAGAAUCAAAACUCUGCGAUGUAAGGAAUAGAGAAUGUAUUGACUGAGAAGAGGCCUCUCAUGACUAACUCCUCGUACCAGCCACUUUGCGGAUCAUCUCGAUAUAGUAGCAGUUCACAAUUAAGCAUCUUAGUUUAUGCUUUACCUAAGGAAGCCGUGGUAGUCCAGAACACAAUUGCGGCGGACUUCUGCGCGUGUAAUGUAUAAGUGACCCCUGGUUUGAAAGAUAGGACUCGCUGCCUUCUGAGAGUGAUGUUGUUUUUUUGUAUGGCCGUCGUAUAUGCAGAUGUAAAAGUAAGAAUGAAUGUUUGGGACCAGAAAAGGUGCUUAUUAAAGGAUGUGGGGCAUGUGGCUUUUUUCCAAGGAAGAAUUGUUAAGAAUCUGAACUUUAAUUCACAACUGUUCGGUAGAUAAAAGCAUUCUUGUGACAAUUGUUCGCAAAAUCUGCCGAGACGAAGAGCAACACUGUAAAUAAAAUGUUGGCACUGAUAAGCCGGGAA